CUCACUCUCCCAUCAGAUUAUGUUUACCGCUCCGCGCCUCGCUCUGCGCUACAACUGAAGGGCAGCUGAUCCUCCAUCCGAUGAGCUUGGUUUGGACUGCCAGUGAGAAGACGCUCUAUGUGGAUCGAGAGCUGAAGCAGCAGAAGCUGAGGCUGCUGGUGAGCUAGUCGGACCUCUUCCAGCUCGACCCAGCGCCCCCCCUCCCCACCCCUCACCUCCCUCUUCCUCGGCCUGAACCCCGUCACCCUCCGCCUCGCCCCCUCGCCGCCUCGCUCCGGUCCCAGGGAAUCGAAGGGAUCUGCUCGCCGCCAUGCCUCCCCUCUCCUACCCCUCCCCCUCCCUCCUCCUCUUCCUCCUCCUCCUCCUCUUCCCGCUGCCCCCCCCCUGCCGCCCGGAGUCCCAGCGCGGCGAUCCCGAGCCCGGCGACGGCUCCGACCCGACGCGGGGGGUCUCGCCCUCCAUGACGCCCACCUCCGUCCCGCCCUCCCCGUCCUACAGUAACAGAACAGCUCCCAGCAGGAAGUGCGAGGAGGCGUCGGAGUGCAAGCGGGGCAUCCUGCUGCCCGUGUGGGAGCCCAACCGGCCCGGGCUGGGCGACCAGGUGGCCCGGGCCGUGGUCUACUUCGUGUCGCUCAUGUACAUGUUCCUGGGAGUGUCCAUCAUCGCUGACCGCUUCAUGGCGUCCAUCGAGGUCAUCACCUCACAGGAGAAAGAGGUGACCAUCACCAUGCCCAAUGGGGAGACGUCAGUGGCGACGGUUCGGAUCUGGAAUGAGACGGUGUCCAAUCUGACGCUCAUGGCUCUGGGCUCCAGCGCACCAGAGAUACUGCUGUCUGUCAUAGAGGUGUGUGGUCACCAGUUCAAGGCGGGUGAGCUGGGACCGGGCACCAUUGUUGGCAGCGCCGCCUUCAACAUGUUUGUGAUCAUCGGGCUCUGUGUGUGGGUGAUUCCUGACGGAGAGACCCGCAAGAUCAAACACCUGCGGGUGUUCUUCAUCACCGCCUUCUGGAGCAUCUUCGCCUACAUCUGGCUCUACCUCAUCCUGUCCAUCAUCUCGCCGGGCGAGGUUGAGGUGUGGGAAGCCCUGGUGACCUUGCUCUUCUUCCCGGUGUGCGUCAUCCUGGCCUGGAUUGCCGACCGCCGCCUGCUGUUCUACAAGUACAUGGGCAAGCGUUACCGUGCCGACAAACGCCACGGCAUCGUCGUGGAGACCGAGGGCGACCUGACGCCCAACAAGGGCGGCAUGGAAAUGAUCAUGGACGGCAAGUUCCCGUCGCGGGGGGGCACCGUGAUGCCCGCUGAGAACUGCGGGGGCACCCAGGACGGCCCGGCGGGCGCCGCGGCCAACAACGUCAUGGCAGGAGCGGGGGCCACGGCGACGGUAACCGGAGGCAACCUGCCCACCUCCAACAGCACUAUGGUCAACAUGGAGAACACCAAGGAGCUGGACGAGAGCCGCAAGGAGGUGAUUCGUAUCCUGAAGGAACUGAAGCAGAAGUACCCCGACAAAGAGCUGGACCAGCUGGUGGAGCUUGCCAACUACUACGCCCUGCUGCACCAGCAGAAGAGCCGAGCCUUUUACCGCAUACAGGCGACUCGUAUGAUGAUCGGUGCCGGCAACGUCCUGAAGAAGCACGCGGCCGACCACGCCCGGCGUGCCGCGGUGCCGGACGAGGAGUCGACGCAGGACGACGACCUGGCGGUCUGCAGCCACAUCGCCUUUGAGAGCGCCCACAGCCAGUGCAUGGAGAACUGCGGCAUUCUGACACUGGGUGUGGUCUGCCAAGGUGGGCUGGGAGAGAGCACCUUCUAUGUGGACUACAGGACGGAGGACGGCUCAGCCAACGCUGGAUCCGACUACGAGUACAGCGAAGGAACGCUGGUGUUCAAACCCGGAGAGACUCGCAAGGAGAUCAAGGUCGGUAUAAUCGAUGAUGACAUAUUUGAGGAAGACGAGCACUUCUUCGUGCGCCUGCUGAACCUGCGUGUUGGCGAUGCCGAGGGGAUGUUCGAGAGCGACGAGGUUGGCGCCACCCCCAAAGGCCGCCUGGUUGAACCCCUGGUAGCCACGGUGACCAUCCUGGAUGACGACCACGCGGGCAUCUUCACGUUCAGCGAGCGCCUGGUGAGGGUGAGCGAGAGCGUGGGCACCAUGGAGGUGACAGUGGUGCGCAACUCCGGCGCCCGGGGCACCGUCAUCCUGCCGUACCACACCGAGUCGGGCACCGCCAAGGGAGGAGAGGACUACGAGGACGCCCGCGGAGAGCUGGAGUUCACCAACGACCAGACCACUCAGACUCUUCAGGUGCGGAUCAUUGAUGAUGAAGAAUAUGAAAAACAUGAAAACUUCUACAUCGUGCUGGAGGAACCUCGCUGGCUCAAGAGAGGAAUAUCAGCUCUGCUCCUCAACCAAGAGGCGGCAGAGGGUCAGAUGAGUGCAGAGGAGGAGGAGGCCCGGAGGAUAGCCGAAAUGGGGAAGCCCAUCCUUGGGGAGCACAGCCGGCUGGAGGUGGUCAUCGAAGAGUCCUACGAGUUCAAGAGCACAGUUGACAAGCUCAUUAAGAAGACCAACCUGGCGCUGGUUAUCGGCACACACUCCUGGAGGGAGCAGUUUGUGGAGGCUGUCACCGUCAGCGCAGGCGACGGCGAUGAAGACGAGGAGGGCCGCGAGGAGCGCCUGCCGUCCUGUUACGACUACGUCAUGCACUUCCUGACUGUCUUCUGGAAGGUUCUGUUCGCCUGCGUCCCGCCCACCGAGUACUGGAACGGCUGGGCUUGCUUCUUCGUCUCCAUCACCGUCAUCGGCCUCCUCACCGCCAUCAUAGGAGACCUGGCGUCGCAUUUUGGCUGCACCGUCGGGCUCCGGGACACCGUAACCGCCGUGGUGUUUGUGGCACUGGGAACAUCUAUUCCAGACACCUUUGCUAGUAAAGUGGCUGCCACACAGGACCAGCAUGCUGAUGCAUCCGUUGGAAAUGUCACUGGCAGCAACGCUGUCAACGUGUUCCUGGGUAUCGGCGUGGCCUGGUCGGUGGCCGCUGUCUACUGGAAAACCAAAGGGGAACGAUUUCUGGUAGAUCCAGGGUCGCUGGCCUUCUCUGUCACCCUCUUCACCAUCUUUGCUUUCAUCUCUAUGGGCGUGCUCCUGUUCCGACGCCGGCCCUCGAUUGGUGGAGAGCUGGGCGGUCCCAAGGUGCCCCGCCUCCUGACCAGCCUGCUCUUCCUGGGACUGUGGUUCCUCUACAUCCUUUUCUCCAGCCUGGAGGCCUACUGCCACAUUGAGGGCUUUUAAAAUGGGAUGGAAAACGUUCUGAAAAAAUAUCACACGGCAAAACAUACACAUUCUUUGACACUCAAUCUAUACAGUCCAUGAUUAGGCAUGUGACAGAUCCAUCUGUUUUAAUAGGGCUUCAUCGUGCAGCCUGGGUUCGUCCUGGCCCUCGAUCUAUUAGACAUUACGCACACAGGGACAUUUCAGUUUGAAUCAUUAACACACAAUAUGGACAUAUUCAUAAACAGAUCACACCAAACGCACACACACAUAUAAGUACAGGCAUGACCGAGGGCAACAGCAAGUGUUUGUAGGGGGAAGCGAAGUGUGAAUACAAGGAUUUACUACAGCAAAGUUAAGCAGAGAAAUUUCUGAGUACAGAGGGAAAGAGAAUGACAUGUCAGGUGUGACGAGAAACUUGGUGGUUUAGAGGCUCGGCUUCACUUGAAAGCGAAAGGUCAGCCUCUUGAUCGCGGUUUCAUUCAAACAGCAAGGCAAGGUUUUUACAGCUAGGAGGAUUUAGGAUGGAUUAGAAAAGCCACCCUGUAAUUGAUCAGGGGGAUCAGACCAGCGAUAGGGAGGUGUGGGCCUGGCAGUGUAGAAAAUGCAACCAAAUCCAUGGACACCGGACAGAAUUUUCCUCAAAGUGACCACUGAUCCAAGCUGCGUGGAAACAACAACACCCUUGUUUUCUUCAACAGAAAAGGGUCUCUGUAGCCCACCCAUCCCUCCUCUUCACCCACCCUCAUGUCGGCACAACUUUGUAUUCCUGUAGAGAGGAGUGGUGCGCCGUGUAAAAAAAAAAAAAAAAAAAAAAAAGGAGUGGAAUGUUUACAACAACAAAAACUCAAAGUUCGGCCAUUAUUUAUUGCAGUGGAUGACAGUGGUGAUGGUUGUCUUGUAUGCGGAUGGAAGCGGUUCUCCACACUGCGCUGUUGUAAAUUCCAGUGUACAUAUAGAGUGUAGAUGUUUUCAGUAGGGAAAGAGUAACUGUCACUUAGAGCAGGUGGAAAACAUGAUCCACACCAGAGCGGAUAGCUACAAUACUGCAUGGAAACGCAGCAGUCUACAGCACGUGACUGAACUACCUGACGUCCGAGCGGAGGUUUUCUGCUUCUUCUUCUUCUGUCAGCGAAACUCAGGCGCUUUCAUUUCGUCUCAUUCGAGUGCAGACCCGAGCGGCCCACAUCCAGGCUGCCGUUCAUCGUUACACUGAAGACACUGUACAUUUUUAGGAGCACUGGAGCGGCACCCGAGUGCAGAUGAACGGUGACUGAGCAGUGCGGUUUCAACAUGGUCUGAUGUCUCUGCUGACUGACCAAAUAGCCAAUCAGCUCGCAGUCCAUCGAAAAGAGUUACUGUCCACUGAUGACCGAUGCUGAGCAAAGCAGUUGUUGUCUCCUCUGCUCUCAACAAGGUUCAUAAUAACUACACCACAUAAAAAUGGGGACUGAUGGAUUACAGCUAAUAGAGUUACAAUAAUCUGAUUACAAAAGUAUUCUGAUUGGAGUAUUCUGAUUACAAAAGUUCAUGGUAAUCAGAAUAUAGAUACUUCAAGAAAUAGGUGAUUACUUGUUGGAUUUUUCAGAGACAUGUUUGAAGGGAAAAUGACAUAUAGACUAAUAGCUUGCUUAUGUUGAAAUACUGGCUAAUGGUUGUAGAUGAUGUCAGCAACACUAAUUAAAUUAAAACCAUAUUUUACUGUUAAUAUAAAGGCAAGUUCUGGAUUUUGGAGUAGCAGAAAUCGAGAAGUAACUUUAGCGUAAUGUAAAUAGAAAACGUUGCUGAGUUUGAGUCCUCCAGUGGAUUGCAUCACCGAUAAACCAGGUAAUCAGUAGUGUGGAACAGAUUACAUUUUAACAGCAACCUUUCCAACAUCAUGCAUAAACAGCUGUGGUGAAUACUGAUGGUGUCACAUGUUCCCUGCAAAACACGAUGUAAAGUCUUGCUUUCACUUUGCAGUAUGGGAGCAGGUGCUCACGCAUGCUUUUCUGAAGGGUGGGAAAUUCACACCAGAGACCAGCCGAUCGCUAUCACUAACAUUUUAUUUUACAUCCAGCCACUUGGGCACUCAACCAGCUGUCACCUCGACAUUAUUUUCCACUAUAAAAAUUGGAUUUGGGCAGUGAAUUGUAAAAGUAGCUGAAUCUUUUUUGAACUCCAGUUGGUGCUGUGCUCGGAUGGAUGACAGACUGUGUGCUUCCCUGCUCAUCAGCAACGUUGUUCACAAGUGUACCUCCUGUGUUCCCUUCAAAUGUGUUUCUUUACAGGGCCACGUUACGCCAUGUUAACCAUGGCUCUGCUGACAGACCUGUCCGUAUGUCAACUUGAACGAUUUCUUUGCAUGCUGAACUCCAAGAUAUUGAGCAUCUUAACAUAAUUCACAGAUGUCUGCAAAAGAGAAUGAUGUGAAUCGAUGUACAUACUGUAAAUUGCAUCCCUGCAUUUGUGUGUCUGCUCAGUGGACAGUAAACUACCAGCUGUAACCUGAUAGAUGUUAAACCUUUCUUAUAUGAAGCGUGUAGGCAGGAGGGCGGCGAGGUGAGGAGGAGGAGGAGGAGGAGUGUUCAGUACGAUGGAACGGUCAGAGAGAACGGAGGCACCAAAAGGACAUUUCCCACCUCGGAAGAAGGACAGCAGUCUAGUGUAGGCGAUAUGUUGUGUAACAUCCAAUGUGUGGACUUAAAUCCACUUUGUCAGAAACAUUUGUGUUGGUACUUGUUGAGGAAAAAAAUGCAUCAUUAAUUGUGCUUUGUGAAACUUUGCUGUAGAAGCCCUUGGUUUCCCAUACGAAGGGACUGAGGCCUGAGCGUAGACAUAAAAUUCUGGCUGUUUGGCCGUCACUGUGGCAUUGUGGGUAGUGACAGACUAAUCCAUUACUGUGGCAUGCAUCCUAACAAGCUGAUCGUUUCCAUAGCGAUAAUAGCACGGUUACGGCAUGGUCGACUCUGACAAAUAUGCAUGGGCGCUCGAAACGAGACCUGACAGUGUUAGUUUACUUUCAAGGGUGAAGCCUUGAAAAAUCAUUUCAGACUCAACAAAACAGAUUCCAGACAUCAGCUUUGAGUCUGCACCACUUUGAUUAAUUACACAUACAAGAUCCUAAUUAACACCAUUACCCAUUGAGCUACAGGAUCCUGCCCAUCAAAUGCCUUAGUAGAAACUCUUUGAUUAAAAAAAAAAACUGUAGUAUUCAAGUUUUCAGCUGCACAAACUCUGUCCUGGCUGCCCUGUCUUUGAUAUUACCAACCUUAUACAGUGUUUUUUGUUCAGUUUCUUUCCCUCUGUUGUCAGCGCCAGGAAACAAACCUGUUAGUGUGCAAUUAAUUGAAAAUUAUCAGAGGAAAACUAUCAGCUGUGUAAAAAACAAACCCUCCAAGGUGAAAAUAGGCAUUUAACUCUGUUUCAUUAACUUUUGCCCUGUGGGAAGGGAUUGUUGUAAUUUCCCCCCUUUCCCAUCCAUUUAUGAGAGUGCAACAGUGGUGCAGAAUACAUUCAAAAUGAUUAAAUAUUAUUGUAGGAAAUAGGUAGAUGUUUUGAUGGCUCACCCUUUGCUAUACACAACAAUUUAUUUGCAUACAGCCCAUGAGUCAACAGCAGCCGCCGGCUUUCCAGAUUUUUUUUUUUUUUUUUUGCACUAGUGGCAGUGUAAUUGCCCUAUUACAGGCUUAAAUAUAACAUCAAGGAGCAUUUUUAAUAGUGACAUAGCAUAGGCUGUUGUCUCCGGUUGUAAAAAGAAAAAAAAAAAAAAAAAUAGAACCCUUUAAGGCAUGUAUGUGUUGCUCAGUAUUGCAUGGAGAUUAAAGAGGAGAGACAGACGGCAGGGAGGACAUGUAAACGUGUAUAUUCACCCUGCUGGCUGCUGAACAGACGAUACGCCGUGUGGAAAAAACUCGGCAAAAGUCAAGCAGAAGACGCAGAGCGGGAUGCACACCACUGGAAACCACUGAGCAAUAUGCACAGUCCUGUCUCCGCUCGCUGUGACAUUUACACACCAACAAGUCAGGUAUUUUAUUUUCAGCACUGACAGAUGCAGCUGACAUGCUGGUGCGUUAAUAAAUGUCAGAGGAAGCGCAGCGAGGAGUGUGUAGCUUUUUUCUCCCCGUCUUUUUUUUAUUGUAUUACAGAAAUAAACUCGAGCUGAUAGGUUUGCGCAGAAGCAUCCAAAGUCCAGCAACCUUUUCUAGUUGAAGCCGAGGUCAUUGGCCAUGUUAUGAUGUCACAGUCGGUCCUUUCAAUUUUUGAAAUUUUCACUGCCUGAUAUCAUUUGCAUUGCAUUAUUCCUGUGAGGACAUUAUACUUUGUGCUGCUGCUGGUACAUUAUGAACAUUUUUCUCUACGAAGCGCCUAGAGGUCUUCACACGCACAUGGCAAGUGCUCUGCAUCUGGAAUUUGUUCUUACUAUCACUGUACACCAUAAUAGCAGAAAGGUUUGAUUCGUGAACCCACAACUAACCAUACUUUGUAAACUUUCUAAAACCAAUUUUGUAUCUUUUCCUCGCAGAUUAUAGCUGAGGUGGAUUUUUUUUGUACCUCUAAACAAUGUUUAGAAUAGUGUCAAUAUACAGUUGGUAGAGAUUAGUGUAGAUUAUACCAUUACUGAAUUUAGUGGAUUAGAUUUUGAUACGUUUUCCACAGUGAAGAAGCUCCCCCUUGAAUCGCUUGAUCAGUGUAGUUGACCAUAAUCCAACAUAAUCGCAUCUAAUAUACCAGUUUUUUUGUCUGCUGUCUUGUUUGUGUCUGCGUUACAGAUACUUAUGUAUAUUUAUUCUCACAAGAUAAUUUAUUUAGAUAUUUAUUUAUUUACAAAUAGAUUAUUUCUCUAUAGAUAAGCUGUGCCGCAGGUCCUUGAAGUGAACAGGUUGGCGUUUAGUUCAGGGAGUGUGGUUUCAAUGUGCAAUACAGGAUCAAAAAGCAGACGUCUUAUGUCAUUGCACUCAUACAGCAUUGAUGAGAAGUCAGCUACAGUUUACCCCAGGUGGGAGGUAAGAACUUAAAAAAGCAAACAUCUUUUUUUUGCUCCAGUGUUUGUUGUGCCCUCCAACAACUGACAUUUAUUUAUCGGAUUCUCUUGAAGGAGGAGUUUUUGAGUGUAAGUAGCAUGUUUACAUGAAGAAACAGCGCUGAACAUUGCCAGUAUGAUUGUCAGUCUUUAGGGUUGUCGUGAGCAAAAGAGGGAAAAUAUCAGCGAUGCGCAUGAGGCUUUCAGCAGUCGCCUGACUGUAACAUUUGUUCACUGAACUGCGAGUCUACUAGGGAUGGGACAAAUAUUCUUGCACGAUACGAUACAAUACGCGAUAUGGGCUUCACAAUUCAGUCCAAUCACAGCUCAAUGUAAGAGACAACAGCAUGAGCGUGCAGAAUUAGGUUUAUUUCUGAGCCACAAAUCACUCCCGUAUUGGCCUGCUAGAGUGUAAACAACGUAAGAAUCAGGGCUCGGUAUUGGUAAUAGACUGAAAAUGCAUAAACAGAGCUUAAAAUGCAACCUACUGCAUGACACGUGGUUAAACGAAUAAAUAUACAACAUUUAAAUGAGAGAUUGAGUGACAAACUAAUGCAAAGCAACUCAAAUUUCCCAUUCCAGUUUAUUAAAAUGUAAUUAUCACAGUGCACUAGAAUGCAGAUGUCACAACAGCAUAUGAAAAUGAAGUGAAUAAAUGAUACAUGCUGAUGCAAGACGGUAGCGAAUUGGCACUGUAUUGCAAAAAAAUAUAUAUCGCAAUACGUUUUUUUCACAUCACUCUAUUAAAAAUAUUAUUAUAGAGUUCAAAUAUAUUUCAACGGAGAGCUUGUGACAUUGUGAUGGCCGAGCUCAUGGUCUCAUUAGCAGUUACUAGCAAGUAUUACGGUUCAUUUCAGUGGCCAGCGGGACGUAUUGUAGCAGUCCUGUAUCGCCAUAUAUUGAAUUUCCAGAUAUUUUUCCCAUCCCUAUUGCAUCUGCUGAACUUUUGUGUAAUCUGUGACUGGGUUGAGAAAACAAACAAACAAACAAACAAAAAGAUCCUCUUUGACAACAAUGGAUGACCACUGAUAUUACCUGCGCCCAGUGUGGCAGGUUGUGUCCCGGUAAAUGUGACGCCCGUGUGGCUCAGCACCCGAAGCAGAACUGUCUGCAGUGUCCAGACAAUGUUCCACGUUCUGAUUAACUUGUGUACUAACUGUCUGGCUUCGGCCUUUGCUGUUCUGUAGCUAGAUGUGAUACGACCCCCACCCCCAACCCAGACCGCCCCCCCUCUCCAAAAAACCCCCUGAUGUCCUCCUGUGUUCGUUCCCUUUGUGUUCCUCUGCAGAUGCAUGAUGAUUCCCCGUGUAUGUGUGUUAGCAGCAUGGUCUACUGUGAUGGACGCCUGUAGGCAUAUUUUACUGGGUCGAUUCCCGCGGUUGAAUCC